AUGGAGCAUAGGCUGUCCGUUGCCGGGUUUACAGGCUUUCCGUCUGUGAAAGCCCAUGAUAGUGGCCCGAAGCCUCCAAGCCGCCGCCGAAGCAAGGUUCCAAGCUUUCUCGCCCUUACGAAUCUGCCAACAUGCGCCAUGAUAUCCCGCUUCCCUGCAGCCCAGUGGGGGAGCCGAGCCGGGGGUGUCAACUCCGAAGGACGCACCAUGCCUGAGCUGGCAAUGGGCCGAGCAAGACGCAACAGACUCGACGCCAUCCCCAGACUUCCAUGGGCCAAGAGCCCCGCCACAUCUCUCAGGACGACAUUUGCUCUCCCCAGCGAGCGGCGAAGCACGGUCGAGGCAUCCGGCAGCCUCAGAGACGCCGCCACCUAG